UCCCAUAGGAAGCAGGAGACACUCCUCCCCGUGAUGUGUUGAGAAGAAGACUGGUGGGAGACAACAAGUAUCCGCGUAUCCUCACAUUAUAUCUUAAACAAAUAUUGUUUUUUAAACUAAAAUCGUACCGUUUACUGAAUCAUUCGGUUUGUACUAAAACUCCUGUGUCCCCUUGCUUGGAUGUCACUAUGUAGAGGACAGCCCCUUUGGGUACCCUGACUUCUUCGGUCUGUGUCCAAUGCGAGGAGCUGCAUGUGAGCCCUGUGCUGCGCGGUGCGGUCUGGGAGAUAACUGCUGUCUAGCGUGGCGGGCUCGGGCGCGUCGAACACUUGUCUCCUCCCCGGCUCAGCGGUGACGCUAACGGCAGAGCUAACUCCCACUAGCCGGUAACAUCAGCGGCUGUUUCUCUGGUUGUCUAGUCAGUAGAGGAAGUGGCAGAUACUUCUGUUGAGUAUAAAAAUACAAAGAAACCCCACUCGGGAGCUGAAUGGCCACUGCUCUAGCAGUAAAAACCGAGAAGCGACCAGCAAAUGAUUCUCAGGAUGUAGACUCUAAUGCAAAGAAGCCCAGGAUGUGGAAAGCCCCAUCACUGGAACCAUCGUCACUGAAUAUCUUCCUGCCCCAAAGGAAACUGCUGCCUAGCCUGAAGACAAAGCGGGCCCCUGAGCUGGUCCUUGUAAUUGGCACAGGGGUGAGCUCCGCAGUGGCCCCCCAGGUCCCUGCGCUCCGUUCAUGGAAGGGUCUGAUCCAGGCCUUGCUCGACGCAGCCAAUGACUUUGACCUGCUGGAGGAGGAGGAGAGCCGUCGCUUCCAGAAGCACUUGCAGGAGGAUAAGAACUUGGUGCACGUGGCCCAUGACCUCAUCCAGAAACUGUCUCCGAGAACGGGCAACGUGCGCUCCACCUUCUUCAAGGACUGCCUGUACGAGGUGUUCGACAACCUGGAGUGCAAGAUGGAGCACGCGGGCAAGCACCUGCUGCGCUCCGUGCUGCAGCUGAUGGAGAGCGGCGCCCUCGUCCUCACCACCAACUUCGACAACCUGCUGGAGAUCUACGCCGCCCACCAGGGCACCAAGCUGGAGUCGCUGGACCUCACGGACGAGAAGAAGGUAUUAGAGUGGGCCCAGGAGAAGCGCAACUUGAGCGUUCUGCACAUCCAUGGUGUUUACACUAACCCAAGUGGAAUCGUACUGCACCCUGCUGGCUACCAGAAUGUACUGAGGAAUACCGAGGUUAUGCGGGAGAUCCAGAAGCUGUACGAGACCAAGUCGUUUGUGUUCCUGGGCUGUGGGCGCACGGUGGACGACACCACCUUCCAGGCUCUGUUCCUGGAGGCGGUGAAGCACAAGUCGGACCUGGAGCACUUCAUGCUGGUGCGGCGCGAGGACGUGGGCGAGUUCAAGAAGCUCCGCGACAACAUGCUGGACAAGGGCAUCAAGGUCAUCUCCUACGGCGACGAGUACUCCGACCUGCCCGAGUACUUUGAGCGGCUGGCCAACGAGAUCUGCAGCCGCGAUGCAUCCGCCACCGCCGCCGCCGCCACGCCCUAUGGGUCUCCUUCACAAAACGGGGACGAACAACAGAAUGGCUUUAACACACAGAAAAGCCUUCUCCAAGACUAUCGUUCUUGACAGGCAAACGGUCGGGAGCUCACUCUGUCAGUUUCCCCCAGACUCCAGUAGAGAUCUGUCUACUACUCCCAGUCAAGCUCAGGUCAGAUUUCACUCGUUGGACUUAUUGAGGGCUACCAGCAACAGGUGCCACAAGAGACCUUAUUGCUGUUACUACGAUUUAAUAAAAGCCCUGUUUGGUUUCCUUUUUAUUCGCUUAUUUUUAGAAAAGGGAAGCAUCGGUAAACAGAAAUGGACAAAAAAAAAAAAAAUCCCAGCAUCAAGUCUGCUAAUAGCCUAUAUCCAACCCCAAACUAUUUAUUUUUGUAAUAUGAAUAUUGCGGGGGGGCAAGUGAUAUUUAGUAUGAUACUGAAACUCACUUUGAUGCAUCACCUGGUUCGUAAGACAAAAGACCAGUGGGUGGUGAUGUCCGAACCGAACUCCAAGCAGUGGAACGUGCAAAUAUGAAUACAUCUCUGAAUGAACUCCCCUCACUGGCCUACAACACCCCUGGCUUGCAGUGAUUGGACUUCAGGUCAACUAUGUGACCCCAGGUAGUUGAUUGUAAAGAUAGUGCAUUAUAUUUUUGAAUGUAUUAUAUUCCUCUGUUGAACUUGAACCUUUGGACACUUGACUUGGGUCUUGCUGUGUAAGGGGAAUGAGGUUGGAGUUAAUUUAUUUUUUAUUCAUUAAGUGCAUGAGAAUGUUCUCAAAAGGUGACCCAGAAUGCCCUACGCAGGGGGAACUUUGCUUCUCCCAUUAACACAAAUUAGUUGUAUACUUUUCCGUGUAUGCUUUUUUGUAUUUAAUACUUGCAUGCGUUAGUGACAAUUGUUUAUUUAUAAGCACACUUUUCAGAAUAAAUUCUUCAUAUCCCCAG